AAAUUACACUAACGCUGAGGUUUAAACGAUAUCGUUGUUCAUAAGCGGACCCUGACGCUUUAUCGACAUAAUUUACGUGUUGAAAAAUAAAUAUUAUUUAUUACUUUUAUAAUACGCUCGCUCAAGUCACGAACAAAGCAGGGAUGUCGGUGAUGUGGACAGUGAAGGUGGUAGGCCUGGGAGCUGUGGCUUUCUCCCUCAGUGUGGAGCUGCUGUGGAGGCUCCUGCGUCACCUCAGACCACCGACAGUUCUGAACGAGGUCCUUUUCUUUCCCUCCAACGUGGCCUGCAUGGAACACAUCUUUUCUCCUGCUUCCCCCCACUCCUGUUGCUGCCCAUUGCCUCACGGUGUACAAACAUCCUUCACUCGUCUUCUGCGCUUCAUCCUGUCAGCUACAUCGUCUCUGGACUUGUGUUUGUUUUCUUUUUCCAAUAUGGACCUGAGCAGGGCUGUUCUGCACCUGUACAGAAAGAAGGUAGCUGUCAGAGUCCUGGUUGACGAGCAAUACUCAGUCAUCUCUGGCUCCCAGGUCGGUGCGCUCCGCAAGGCGGGCCGGUUCAUCCAUAAUGCAGUGAAGUGGCGUCAUCCCUCACUCUCUCCCUGCUCCUCCUCCUCCUCCGCAGGGAUCUGCGUGCGCAACGUGGGCCUCUAUGUGCACAUGCAUCACAAGUUCGCCCUGGUGGACGGCCGGCGCCUCAUCACAGGCUCGCUCAACUGGACGCUGGCGGCGGUGCAGUGCAACGCCGAGAACAUCCUCGUCACCGAGGAGCCGCGUCUGGUCCGGCCCUUCGUCGGGGAGUUCCGGAGGUUAUGGGCGGACAAUGACCCGUGUCAGAAUGGACCCUCGUGCGACCGAAAUGUGGCCCGCAACUGAUUACCAUGCUUGCGGCACACGAGAUUGGCAGGAGAGCAGUGACGUCACGGCACCGCGUCCGCACAGCUUGCAGCUCGCUCACAGCCCGUGGGGGGCGUAUUUGCGUGGUAUAGGCAACUUGCUACGAUGUGCUGUGAUGUCGACCAGCAUUAGACACUCAACAAAAUGAAACUUUUGGCUUCACUUCACAUUCUCGAUGCUAUAGGUUCAUACAUUUCUUUUAAUAUAUUUUUUUAGGUCAGCCUAAUAACCUUUAAAUUACCCCCCAAAACUUUUACAAAAAUAUAUUUUUAAUGUUAUGUAAAGUUAGAUUAAUCAUUGGUGAUUACUUGCGGAUGACAACGAGAAUUAAGUGAAGUCAAAGCUUCACUUUUUGGGGGGGAAACAAGGUAUUUUGUGUCAGUGUAUUUUCUUAUACUGUUUCCUAAACCUCAAUCCUCCAAGAUGCGAUGGAAGAUAAGCGUUAUAGAAAAUGGACAGAUAGAGCCUCGCUCCUUGUUUUCUUUUACAAAAUUGCCAUUUCUGUGGGAAUAUAUACCGUUUCAGGCACUACAAGUCCAAGAUUUGUUUUUCUUGUGCAUUUGAGCUCACUGGCAGUUAUUUUUGUGUAGUUCUUCGUCACACAAAAAAAAAAACUUGGGUUGCUUUUGUGUUGUAACAGCUGCUUUUUUGAGAGAAUUGUUGUUGGGAUCAUUUAGACUCGUGUUAUUGAGACGGUGACUGUUUAUGUUUGUGUUUUAUGAGCAGUCUCAGUGCUAAUUAAAAACCAAAUUGUUUUUCAGCAUGUCAACUACA